AUGCCGAGCAGUUGCGCACUCUUCUCCGAGGCCCUUCAAAGUGUUGUGGCAAUCGGCAAGGAUCGCUGUGAUGUGGUUUCUACUGCCUUUGCAGGUGGAUAUCUCAGUCUGGACAGCAUCACCACGAGCCGCUUGGAGCAUGGACGUUUUGUUGCUCUUGCCUCUGCUUCGCUUCUUCAGAGCCACGGUCUGGGGGCUGCGCCUCGGACUUCAGUUCCAGGAGAGGGGAUGCUGGAUUUCUUUGCCAGCCAUCGGGUCAUGGCGCGCCAGGACGCUGGCCCCUUUGUGCUUCAAUGGGCAUGUUUUGACCAAGCUUCCAUGCAGGAGUGCCUUUCCUGCUGCCUGGGUAUUCGCAUGACGGUGCACUACAACUUGUUCUGUGGAACCAUCCUCGCCCUCGGGAGCGAGGAGCAGAAAAGUUGGCUGAAAGAUGCCCAGAGCGCGGGACUGCUGGGCUGCUUCAUGCUGACGGAGACUGGCGCAGGUGUUCUCAGCGGACUGGUGGUGGAGACGGUGGCCACCUGGGUUUGGCAUGACAACCAGGGACAAGGAGGCUUUGAGCUCCAUACGCCAAGCACGUCGGCAGAGAAGACCUGGAUCUCGCAGGGCUUGGCUGCCGACUACGGCCUGGUCGUCGCUCAGCUCGUCAUCGACCAGAGGUCACUGGGUGCCCACGUCUUCCUUGUAGACAUGCGCUCCGAAGGAAUCUCGCGGGAGUGCAUGGGAGAGAAGACCACCUUCAACGCGCUUGACAAUGCUCGAGUGUCUUUUAAUCACGUACAGCUGCCGGCGACAGCCCUGUUGUCAAGACUCUGCCAUGUACAGCCCCACUUGAGCGGAAACAGCUGGCACGCUGAGUAUGUCUUCGCAGGAAAACGGCCGCCGACAUUUAUUCAGAUUGCACAGCGCUUGUUGUCCGGCCGUAUGUGCAUUUCCGACUCGGCGAUCACUUACUUAGAGGGUGUCCUGGGCGUGACAAAGAAGUACGCCGAGGGUCGCCUGGUGUGGGUAGACAAGGAGCGCAAGAUGCCCUUGGCGGACCUGCCCUACAUGGCGAAAGGCUUGGAGAGCGUUGAGGUUGGCCUCACGGUCCACAAGGCCUUCUUACUGCUCGUGCAAAGUGAUUUUGCCCAGGCUAUCGAGUCCAACUCCGAGCUCUCGCGAGCACUGGUGACGCAGAUCGCCGCCGCUAAGGUCGAGGCAGUGGACUUUGCUAUCAAGUCCCUUGCGCUGCUGCGGCGCGACGUUGGAUCCUUCGGGCUCAUGGCAUCCUCACCAUUCGGGUCUAACAGCGAUAUUCUGCUCUGCUGCCGCUUUGCAGAAGGCGACAGCCGGGUCUUGCAGCAGAUGGUGACCCGUGACCUCGUGCGAGCACACUCGAGAUUUUCGGCAGUCCUUCGGCUUUUCUACAGGGUGCUGAAGGCCUGGCUGUCCGGGGCACCCCAUGGCUCUGCCAAGCUCCGAUACCUCCGGGACCAACGCCUACUGCAGCUUCUCUGCGUCCUGGGCAAGCAGCACUGGAAAAUCCGUCGGCAGGGUGUCUCGAAGGCCCAAGCCGAGAGCGACGCCUGGCUCCAAGCUGGUGAGCUCGUUUACGACGUAGCGAAGACGCACGCCCAGCAGCUCAUCCACAGCACAGUGGAGGAGAGGUGUGGCAGGAGUGUCGAAACCGACCGCUUCAUGGACAUGCGCCUUGGCAUUGCUGCUGCUCGCCAUGUUUAUUGA